AUGGAGUAUUUCAGUAUGGAUGCUGGAGAUGAAGAUUUAAAACAUUUCAGUACAUGUGGCCGAAACAGUUCUAUGAUAAGCAACACAGUCCAAAACGAAGUCAUACAUUGCAUUGGUGACGCUACCUUUGUUACCAAAGAAGACUUUCUGGGUUUUACUGAGCUUAAAUCAACCACUGGCACUUCGAUUGCAGAAGCCAUCGGUGAAGAACUCAAGACACUGGGGCUGAACUAUCAGUAUCUUUGUGGACAGGGCUAUGAUGGUGGCUCAAACAUGGCUGGAAGAUUUAAAGGAGUUCAAGCUCUUAUUUUAAGUAAGCAGCUGUUGGCUAUUUAUACCCACUGUUUUAGCCACUCUUUGAACUUGUGCAUUUUGAAGUCUUGUGAUACUCCAAUAGUUAGAAAUAUGAUGGGAAUUGUAGGAUCAGUUUCAGAAUUCUUGUCUGCCUCUGCAAACAGAAAAAGUUCCCUAGAGGAAGCUAUAUCACGACUACCGUUCACAGGGUCAAAGAAAACGAAGUCGAAGGCAAUGUGUCCAACAAGAUGGGUGGAAAGACACGAUAGCCUUAUUACUUUCAAGGAGCUAUUUGUCCCGGUCGUGACCUUGCUUGACGAACUUUCAAGUGGUCGUGAAACCAAUGCAGAAACGGCUAGUAAAGCUUGUAUGUUUAGUUCUGCUGUCGGAAGAGGAGACUUCGUAGUAGCUUUAGCAACUGCAGCAUAUUGCUUCUCUCUAAGACUAAGCGAACAGCUCCAAAGUCCUAAAAUGGAUUUAACAACUGCCUUAAAUAAUGCCAGUGAUGUGAUUGAGGUGUUCAACAAUACAAGGAUGGAUUCGGAAAUAGAAUUCGGGAGUAUUUUUGAAGGCGCUGUUAAACUGGCAGAAGAUAUUGGAAGUGUAAUAGCAAUGGCAAGAACUAUUUCAACACAAACCAAAAGAGACAACGUUCCUGCUUCAAACGCCGAGGAAUACUUCAGGCGAACAGUAUUUUUACCUGUUGUGGAUGGUUUUAUAGCCGAGCUAGAAACAAGAUUUCCCCAAGAUUUUCGCGCCAUAUUACCACUUGAAGGUCUUAUUCCUGCAUACUGUUUAAAAUAUAGUUGGUAUGAAGUGAUCCAGGCAUCCGAGAAAUAUCAACAGUUUUUGAAGAGUUCUUCGCAUUUAAUGAAAGGAGAGUUGAAACUAUGGAAGAGAAACACUCCUGAACGAAGCUUCUCUACUUUGAGACGAAUAAAGACAUAUUUGCGUAACACAAUGGGGCAGGUGAGACUAAAUGAAUUGGCUCUUGCACAUAUCCAUAAAGAAAGAGAUAUGGAGAUAGAAAAUAUCAUUGACAUAUUCAGUAAAAAGAAACAGAGGUGA